AUGCGGGGGGAGUCGGGGCUGCCUGGAAGACCAGGACCCCCUGGAGAUGUUGGGGAGAUGGGGAUGCACGGCCCCCCAGGACUGCCUGGGGUAUCAAUACCAGGUCAGUGACCCAAAAGUCCCCUGGCCAGUACUGAUACCCCUUAUCUCAAAAUACAGUUCAGCCCCAGUGUGAGCGUGCUUGUUUAUGUCUAAGAAGGUCUUUGUACUGUAACUCUACCUUACCAUGCCAUGCCAUGCUGCAUCUCCUCAGGUCCCAAUGGUGAGCUUGGCCCAGUAGGGAUCACUGGCACCAAGGGGUUUAAAGGAGAGCCAGGGAGGUACUACCAGAACGGGCCUACACCCGGAGAGCCUGGUAAACAGGGUGCAGCAGGCCUCAAUGGUCUGAAAGGAGAGCGCGGCCCCCCAGGUCUGUCACCUCAAGUGCAUUUUGUCCCCAUCUCCUGCACUUCUCUCAUAGAACAUGGCCUGUCUUCUACUAAUCUCUUGAUGUUUGAAGCAUUCAUUGUCAUAGCAUCUGAAUAUGGAUUUAAACCCUCAACACUUAGACUCUCAAUUAUGGCUUGUACAUGCAGAAAUUGUGUUGGUGCUGUAGAUAAUGUUAUUAAGUUCUGUAUAGCUUGUAUUGCAAUGUUGUUGUGUGUACACUCUUAGAAUUAAAGGACCCUGUGGGGGGGAAAGGGUCUUAGAGGAACCCCUGUGUAAUGGUUGAAACCGGAACCUUUUUGUGAUGGGAGGGGUUCAAUUUUGAACCUUUUUAAUAAUAUAUUGUAGACGUGGCAGCCUAUCAGAAGAUUGGAGGCAUUGCUAAUUGUAGGUGUGGCUUUCAGGUAGUUAUUUUUGGCCACCCAUUAGAGUAAAUGCCAUAGAGUACACAGUAUGAGUCAUAAUACCCAUAAAACCUAGCAGUCAAACAGGGAAAUGGUUCCAAUCGUUUUUCCACCAUUCGUUUUUCCCAUAGGGGAUUUUAGAAACACUUAAAAUAAGGUCUGUGUUUUGUGUUGGCUUAGCCUGGCGUGACAUUCUGAUAAACUGAAAUCCUUCUCAGACAAGGUGACUUUUGUCAAUAUAUUCGCCUGUGUUUAACCCCAACAAAUGAAAUGCUAAUUACCUGCUAAUGUGGCUAUCAUAAAGAACUACAAAUGCCAUGAUGAUCUAGACGAGACUGCCGAAUCGAGGCAAAGGUAAGAAUCUCUGGAUUAACUAUCUAAUGUUAGCUAAAUGUAGUAAUGCAUAAAUUGGCUACAUUUCUUUCAAUGUACCUGUUAGCAAAGGUGCCAGCUAGAGAUGACGUGCAGGAGCUUGCAGGGAUUUGUAGUUUUGCAUGAUAUCUACUUUGAUGCUAAUUAGCAUUUUUGAAUGUGAGAGUAAAUAAAGCUGAAUAUAUUGAUAAAAGUCACCUUGUCCGGGAGAGAUUUACAUAGUUAUCAAAACGUCACGCCAGGGUAAGCCUAAACAAAACACAGCCCUUAUUUUACAUUUUUCUAAAAUCCCCUAUAGAAAAAAUGCAUGUUGGAAAACGAUUGAAACCAUGCCCCUAUUUGACCGCUAGGUUUUAUGGUAUUAUGACACCUCCACUGUGGGUCUCUAUUCCUGUUCAUCAUGUUAAGUUUGUACACUGCAAAUGUAUAUUUUCCUUGAAUAUUUAGGCAUAUUCUAAUAUAAUAUUCAUAAUACUAACAUUACUGAUUAUAUAUAGUAAUACAGUAGUAACUAUUACAUCUAUAGGAUUUGCGUAGGCUCUUGAGGAACUCAUACACCUCAGUAAGCCUCAUUGAAGCUACAAAACUGUCAGUGUUCAACAUUUAUAUGUGAAGACAAUACAAAAGAACAGAUGAACAGGAAUGACAUUUAUGCCCACGGGUGGCAUUAAAAUAGCUAUCUGAAAGCCACGCCCCUAUUAAGCCAUGUCUCCAGUCCAGGGUUCUUCCAGGAACCCUUUGCUACAUUGAAUCGUUAUAGGUUCCUCCAAGAACCCCUCAACUAACCAAAGGUGCAAAUAUAGCAAUGGUUGCUUGAGGAACUCCAGGGGUUCCUUGAGGAUCUCCAGGAUUCCUCGAGUCACCACUGAUUCUGUGAAUGUAGUUUGCUUCCAUUUUUCCUCAUCUUGUCAGCUAAUAUUUCACUUGUGUUUGUCUUGCUAAACAUGUUCCCUGUCUGAUCUGCAUGCCUUUGUGUCUCCUGCAAUGAUGUCAUCAUUGUGUGUGUCCCGGGAUGAUGUCAUCAUUCUGUGUGUGCCCCUCGUAUGACAUCAUCGUGUGUCUUGUGAUGUGUGUUGGGUGGGCCAUAGGUUGUGGAGGUAAGCACUCCUGUUUCACUGGUUUGAAUUAAUAGUAAAAACACCAUAAUUUAGACAUGCACUUUAUUCGAUCCUGGAAUUCCUGUGAGGGGAUUCUGCAUUGUAGUAGCAGUCAUUUUUACAGUAACAAAACCAUUACCAUUAAUUACCAAAACCAUUAAUUGAUUUCAUUCGACCAUGGGAUAAAAAUAUACUGUAUGAAUAGUGCACUGUGGAUUUGAUUGAAUUGAUCUCUCAAUGUAUUCUGUAUAUUUGUGGACCCCUUCACUCAGCCAUUGGGAUAUUGGGUUAAGGUGUGUGAUCGUGGUUGUGCUGCAGGUACGUACUGCAUCCCAGGUGCACCAGGAGAGCCUGGAGCGGAUGGAGAUCAAGGUCCUCCUGGAUCUGCAGGGUUCCCAGGUAGCAAA